AACACGGCAGAUGGGGAUAGAAAUGAUGUUCAAUUCGAGAGGAAAUCAAGCGUUGUAAGACGAAUUGCGAGUUAGUUACCGGCGUGUUGUGGGGAUAAGGUAUCCGGGCUAAUCUGUGCGUAUUCAGGAAGGUAUCCUCGGGAUAUUUCCUGCAGAAAACAGUGAAAGUUCAGGACGAGGUUGUCGGCGGAGGCUAGUCACAGCGGCUGAGCGAGGCAGCCAUGUCGUUUGGAGAGUACAGACUAGAGUAACGGAACUCGGCACUGAAUUUGGCAUCCACCACACAUCGUGUGCUUUCGGGCUUCGUCUCUCUCUCAUCUCAUCGAUUUGUAUAUCUAAUGGACAGCUGUAGGUAGCUGCUGAGCCUGGGAUUUAACUAGAGUCUGAGCGGCAGGGGGUCACUACUUCCAAGCACGUCACGUCAGUGUGUUUGUAUGUGACCAAAGGGCUUGGCUCAAGUGAUACUGUGUCAUAGAAAGCUGUCUAUAUACAUAGUCAUACCAGUGAUUUAGUUAGAGACCAUCUCUGACUAGCAAUUUAUGCCAAGCUCCCUGUGUCUAUCAUCAUCAUCAUCCAGGGACCUAAGCAGCCUGACAGCCAAGGGAUUAUCUGUCUCUUUAAGCCGUUGAUUGAUACUGUGACCACGCCGAUCAUAUUUAUUCUGCACCGUUGAUUGUACAACUGUUGGUCGUGUGCUUAUAACAUUAUUCAUAGUGUAGUAUUAUUACCGUACCAGGCCUACUUCAAAAUAUAUAUAUAUAUAUAUCGAUAUACAUAAAAUUAAAUAUUACAACACUGAAAGAAUAUACCACACCUUUAUUUGCCUAUUGAGCUAGAACUAACAGUGAUGCUCAAGGAUACUGGUAUUUGAAGAAACGAUCAAUCACGGAAGCAACGUUGACAUCGUGGAGUAUUUCCAGGAAAAUACCUGCCUGUUAUUAAGAACCUAUGGCCAGCUCAGGGGAAAACGGACCAAUGUCAUCACCAAAGGAAGACGCGGUCAAGCGACAAGGCACUAGAGUUUUCAAGAAAAGUAGCCCCAAUGGGAAGAUAACAACGUAUUUAGGGAAGAGGGACUUCAUAGACCACUUGACGCACACCGACCCCAUUGGAGAUGAAAAUGGCGUUAAAAACCCCUUGGAAACCAUAAACUUCCUUGAUGGCGUAGUGUUGGUUGAUCCAGACUACCUGAAGGAGAGAAAAGUCUUCGCUCACAUUUUAGCAGCGUUUCGUUACGGCCGCGAAGACUUGGACGUCUUAGGUCUGACGUUCAGAAAAGAUCUGUUUUUGGCGUCCAUGCAAGUGUACCCUCCGUUAAAGGACCAGCAGAAACCCUUAACUCGGCUACAGGAAAGGCUCAUCAAAAAACUUGGUCCAAAUGCUUACCCAUUUUAUUUCGAGCUGCCCCCAAAUGCGCCGGCGUCUGUUACACUGCAGCCCGCGCCUGGCGACACGGGAAAGCCGUGUGGGGUGGAUUAUGAGCUCAAGACGUAUGUGGCAGAUAACAUGGAUGAGAAACCCCACAAGAGGAACUCGGUCCGUUUGGCGAUACGAAAGCUGACAUAUGCUCCUGAGCAGCCAGCGCCCCAGCCCAGUGCUGAGGCUGUCAAAGAAUUCAUGAUGAGCCAAGGGAAUCUCAAACUGGAAGCCUCUCUAGACAAGGAGAAAUAUUACCAUGGAGAAAGUAUUGCUGUUAAUGUACUGGUUGAUAACAACACGAACAAAACAGUGAAGAAAGUGAAAAUCUCAGUGCGGCAGUUUGCUGAUAUUUGUUUGUUCUCCACCGCUCAGUACAAGUGCACAGUGGCUGAUUUGGAAAGAGAAGAUGGGUUUCCUAUUCAACCCAGCCAGACAGGCUUCUGUAAAGUGUUUCACUUGACGCCACUCCUAGCCAACAAUCGUGACAAGCGCGGACUGGCGCUUGAUGGUAAACUGAAGCACGAGGACACCAACUUAGCGUCAUCCACCAUUGUGAGUGACCCAAGCCAGAAGGAGAAUCUAGGUAUUGUCGUGUCAUACAAGGUCAAGGUCAGAUUGAUCCUAGGCUUUGGAUCAGGCGACUUGGCAGUAGAACUGCCCUUCACCCUAACACACCCCAAGCCGCCAGAGACGCCCCCUCCCUCGCGCUCGGCAAGCAUUGCUCCCACAGAGGGUGGGGAUGCACCCCUGGAUGCCAAUCUCAUUCAGCUGGACACCAAUGGAGAACCAACAUACGGAGAUCGAGAUGACGAUUUCAUUUUUGAAGAUUUUGCUCGACUGCGUUUGAAAGGUCACGAAGGCGAUGACACAGAGGCUUAGCUCAUUGAAAACCCUUAGGAAAGAUCAAUGUAAAGGUUAUGACAAUAGGAGACCUGAGCAAAAGCACGUAGAUUACAACCCUUAAUACCAAAGUCGAGAUUUGAUUGGAUGGAACGUGUGCAGGCCCCGCCCUGUUGCGCAAGCACAAUGCAUCAAUGACGGAUUAGAGAUAGAGAAGUUCACACAUACCCCAAUGAAGCAAAGGAAGAAGAAAACAGAUUAUGUCUAGCCAUGGUUUUUACUAUGUUAACUGACUGUCGGUGUUGUGUUAACACAUUGUUCAUAUGAUGAUCAUGCUGUGAUGAUCAAAAUAUUAAAUAAUGGUUGCAUUUUUUUUCGUAGGUGCCUAAUUUUGAAACCUCAUGGGUGUAAAUAAUGUUGUGAACUUCAUAGGUGUGUUGUACAUCAAGUAUAGACAGCCAAGAAUCACCCGUUAAGUUGACUUUGUUCCAAGAAUUGUUUACUCCAUUCAGUUGUGGUCAAACAGUUGUUUUCGUUUACAGCUUGAAUGCCCAAUGCGUUGUUCACUCAAUUAUGGCUGCUCUCUUAAACAGCUGUUCACACUUCAGCUUACUAGUUCUAAAGAAAAUUGCUGUGUAAAUUGCUGGGUAAUUAUACCUUGUUUUAUUGUUUUGUUCUAUUUUUUCCGGACAUGGUAGUAGUAUGAAUAUUUAAUGUUGUAAAUGCUGAAAGAGAAAAAGUAAUUGUCAAUUUUGACACCAGUUCAUCUUCACCAAGCCAACAUCAAAAUUAAAUUUUUUUGAAACUCCAGUUAUCAACAAAGCUUACUGACCAGAAACCAGUAAUUCGUUAUUUGUGUUCUGUUGAUAAAAAAAAAAAAAAAAAAAAAAUAACCG